AUGGAGAGCAGUGUCCUCCUUCUCACACAGCCUCAUCCAUGGCGACCCAAAUAUUCCUUUCACUCUCUCUUUCAAAACCCAGUUCCUUCGUCUCAACCAAGUCGCUCCUACACUCCUAAGUACCGUCGUUGGGAUUCCAAUGCCGAAACCAUUCGGUCCCAAAGAUUCGGUUUUAAUUUAAGAGACAAAGGCAACAAAGAAGAAGAAGAUGAUGCUGAUGGCGACGAAGAAGAAGAAGAAGACUACAAUUACAAUGGAAGUCAAGAGAAGAAGAAAAGGCGGUGGUGGUCAGAUGAUUACUCGGAGACGGAGGAAGGCUCUGGUGGAAUCUUGGAUGAAGCCAUUGAUAGUGUCUGGAUUCUCAAGGUGUUCAGAUCCUAUGGUUGGGCAUUUCCAGCUAUUAUCGUAUCUUUGCUGCUGUCUACGGGUGCAAAAGCUUUCCUCAUGGCUUUAGCAUUCCCCCUUUGUCAGUCAGCAUUUUCACUGGCAUUUGAGAAGUUGUGGGGAGGAACACAAAGUAGGCCAAAACGCAAGUCCAAGACCAGGAGGAGAAGGAAACCAUUUGCCAGCACUGUAGAUAACGUUAAAAUGGAUGAAGAACAAGAAACUAGCAACAAAAAGAUGGAUUAUCAAUCUUGGGUAGUAGGCAAUGAUGUCUCAGUUGAUAACAGUGGCCAAGAUGCAUCAGGUCUUGGUGGGUGGGAUGAUCUUGAAAGAAUUGAAUCUGCACGGAGGCAAUCUCGAAGAAAGCCGAUGGGGAAGGAGAAUACAAACCAGCAGUCAACCUGGAGAAUGACUUUCACUGGUUGGCCUGGAAGUGUAGAGAUCAAGCACUACAAGGCUUUUUGCUCCUCCUCUUACAUGACAUUCGGAUCCCGUUUACAUCAGUUGAAGCUAAGAUCAAGGAAUCAAGUUUCAGACAGAGCCAAUUUGUGUACAUGA